AUGAACUCUUGCCUUGCUACUGCUGAUGGAAAUCCUUCUGCAGUUGCUACUGCUGAAGAAACUCCUUUGGCAGUUGGUAUUGCGGAUGGAACUCCUUCUGAGGUUGUUCCUGCUGAUGGAACUCCUGCAGUUGGUAUUGCUGAUAGAAAUCCUUCUGCAAUUGCUACUGCUGAUGGAAAUCCUUCUGCAGUUGGAACUCCUUCUGCUGUUGGUACUACUGAAGGAACUCCUGUUGUUGGUACUUAUGAUGAAAAUCUUUCUGCAGUAGGUACUGCUGAUGGAACACCUUCUGCAGCUGUUCCUGCUGAUGGAACUCCUUCUGCUGUUGGUUCUGCUGGUGGAACUCCCGCUGUCGGUACUGCUGAAGGAUCUCCUUCUGCAGUUGGUGCUGAUGAUAGAAAUCCUUCUGCAGUUGUUGCUUCUGAAGGAACUUCUGCAGUUGUUGCCGCUGAUGAAACUGAUGGAAAUCUUUCUGCUGUUGAUACUGCUGAAGGAACUCCUCCUGUUGGUACUGCUGAUGGAAAUUCAUCUGCAGUUGGUACUGUUGAUGGAACUCCUUCUGCAGUUGGUGCUGCUGAUGGAAAUCUUUCUUCUGUUGGUACUGCUGAAGGAACUCCUCCUGUUGGUACUACUGAUGGAAAUCCUACUACAGUUGGUACUGCUGUUAGUGCUGCUGAUGGAACUACUUCUGCAGUUGGUGCUGCUGAUGUUGGUGCCACUGAUGGAACUCCACCUGCUGUUGCUUUUGCUGCUGAAGGAACUCCUGCAGUUGGUGAUGCUGAUGGAACUCUUGCCGUUGGUACUGCUGAAGGAACUUCUUCUGCUGUUGGUUCUGCUGAUGGAACUCCUACUGUUCGUACUGCUGAAGGAACUCCUUCUGCUGUUGGUUCAGCUGAUGAAACUCCUACCGUUGUUAGUGCUGAUGGAACUCCUGCAUUUGGAACUCCUUCUGCUGUUGAUACUGCUAAUGGAACUCCUGCUCUUGUUGCCGCUUAUGGAACUUCUGCAGUUGUUGUUGCUGAUGAAGGAACUCGUGCAGUUGUUGCUGCAGAAGGAACUCCUUCUGCAGUUGUUGCUGCUGAUGGAAAUCCUUCUACAGUUGGUUCUGCUGAAGGAACUCCUUCGGCAUUUGGUGCAUCUGAUGAAACUCCUUAUGCAGUUGGUACUGCUGAAGUGACUCUUGCUGUUGGUACUGCUGAUGGAAAUCUUUCUGCUGUUGUUACUGCUGAUGGAAAUCCUUCUGCAGUUAGUACUGCUGAAGGAUCUCAUUCUACAUUAAAGAACACCUAUUAA